AUGCCAGCGGCAGCGCAGUCGCUCGUGGUGUCGGAGGCCAACUGCUCGGUCGCGGACGAGGCCCAGAACGCGUCCAUGACUCUUACCUGGAACCUCUUCGACGGAGCCGUCAACUACACGCGCAUCUCGCACUCGAGCGAGGCGCUUCCAGCCGCCAGCUCCUCUCUGUCCGACCGCCUGCUCAUUCUCGGCGGCAUCGAGUACGAGUCGGCGCAGCCCGUGGUGAGCAGCCCCGUGCUGGUCUACAACGUCGCCACCAACGCGUUCCUCCUGCCCCAAGACCAGAUCCUGUCCGCAGUCUCCGCAGCGUACCAGUCCACGGGGACAACAACAGUUGAGUCUGUGUUCGUGCCGCCCGCCAGUCGAGCGGAGCACGCGUCCUUCGUCAACCAGGACGGGGCCGUCUUCGUCUUCGGCGGACGCAGUCGGGAGUUCGUCAACGAUACGUGGCGAGGCUGCGUGGACGCCAGCUCGACCAACAUCGUCUGGGACGAACUCGUCACCGCCACGGACGCUGCCACCGUGGCCGCCACCCCCGUCCCGCGCAUCGGCCACUCCUUCACCAAAGUCUUCGAGAACAGCACGACAAUCGGCGCGCUGGUGCUUGGUGGCCUGUCCGAGGACUACGUAGAGCUCAGUGGGCUGCACUUGGCGUUGAUCACCAAGGCGUCCUCGUCGUCGUCGACGCCCGCGUGCACCAACCGGGGACCGAAACUCGCGUGGCGGAUGCUGAAAGCUGGACCAUUGACGGACCCCGGCAAGGUGCCGACUGCACGAGCGUACCAUGUCGCGAUGACCCCAUCCAAGCUCUUCACGGCCUCGAAACUCGCGUGUCUGAUAGUCCACGGAGGCAAAAGCACGCUGGAAGGCACCAUCUUCAACGAACUUUGGCGCCUGUGUCCUCCGUCGGUGCUCCCUGCGUCCGUCCCAGUGGAGAGGAUGAACUACACGUGGGAGCUGCUGGCUAAUAUCGGAACUACCCCAGGCGCACGAUACGGAGCGAGCAUGACGUUCGUGGACGAAGGCAAACUCGCCCUCGCCGGGGGUUCCUACACGUUUCCAAGCGACUUCCUCAGCGACACGUGGGAGCUCAAUGUGAACGCCACGCAGUGGAUUCGUCUCUCCUUCUCGGAAGACUACGCGCCUCCGCGUCGAGGCCACACGCUCACGUUCUUCUCGACCGCCACGCGGUUGUUCCUCUUCGGCGGUCGAGAUCGCUACGCAGUCGUCCAGAAGCGGAUGCAGGCGGCGUACUACGGCGCUCCGUUCUGUGCGGCCGGGCUCAAGAUCACCUUCUGCUCCGCUACGUCCAAGUACGUCUGCAUCGCGUGUCCAGCCGGAUCGUACCUCGAGAGCGGCUCGCGCAAGUGUCUGCAGUGUCCUCAGGGAACGUUUUCAUCUGCGGGAUCGGCCGAGUGCACGAAAUGCCCCGCCGGAACGUACAGCACCGAUGUGGGCAAGGACAGCAGGGCACCCUGCACUUCGUGUCCUUCAGGCACAUUCUCGCAGACUGUAGGCGCCGUCUCGAGUGCUGCGUGCAAUGCGUGCGCAGCAGGCACUUUCGCUUCGUCCUCUGGCUCGGUGUCGUGCUCAAGCUGUGCGGCUGGCACAUUCUCCAACGCAAACGCUUCGACGUGCACGGUCUGCCCUCAAGGCAAAUGGAGCUCCGCUGGCGCUGGCGUCUGCACCGAUUGCGCCGCUGGGACGUACACCCCAAACUCGGGCUCGACCGCGUGCUUCUCUUGUCCAAGGGGUUUCUUCAGCAACCAGGGCGACGUGACUUGCUCCGCUUGCCCAGUGAACACCUACAGCUCGUCCAUUGGCGCCGCCGCUGCAGCCUGCCAGACGUGUCCUUCGUACGCGUUCACAACGUCCGCUGGCCAGAGCGAGUGCAACUUCUGUCCGUCAGGCUCGAGUUGGACUGGUGUCACGUGCCAGUCGUGCAGUAAGGGCUACUACGCGUCGACUGACACCAACGGAGCGUGUAUUGCCUGUCCAAAGGGGUCGUAUGCUCCAGACGUCGGGUCUUCUACCUGUCAAAGCUGCCCCACAGGGGCCACGAGCGCAACGGGAUCGACGAAUUCCAGUGACUGCCAGCUUUGUUCUGAUGGGUCAUUCCUCAACGGGGGAGUCUGCCAAACUUGUGGCGCGGGCACUUACCCCGAGCCCAGCGGAUUCUGCUCUUCUUGUGUUGCCGGGAGCUAUUACUCAGGUGGAGGGACGUCAGGAGCUUCGGAUACGUCACUCGGUUGUGCGUCGUGCCCAUCAAUGAGCUACAGCAGCGGGCUCGGAGCCACGGGCUGCUCCGUCUGUGCAGACAACACGUACUCGAUGGAAGCGUGGCGGAAUUGCGUCUCCUGUGGCGCCUCUCAAGCCUCACUCCCAGGGUGCGUCACCGGCCGAAAUGGUAUUCUGUGCUCGGGGAACGGGAACUGUGUCUACGGAGGCUGUGCUUGCAACUCGAGCUGGGUCGGGGGCGACUGCAGUGUGCCUGUGGACGCUGCUGCUUCACCUGUAGGACCAGCAGUGUUGUUCUUCUCCAAUGCGUCACUUCAGCUCAUCAAUGCGUCCACACAAACCUCAGCGAGCGAUAUCGUUGUUCAGGUCGCUCGGUCGGGGUAUCUCAACUCUCGGCUGCAGGCAACGAUCGCAUGGGGCUCGACCAAUUUCUCCGCCAGCCCUUCUUCCCUGCCUGCUUCACUCGACUUCGCGCCAGGAGACUCCCUCAAAACUGUCCAGAUCCCGAUCGCGCAGCUUUCACCGAGGACUGGCUGUCGGUUCUUCUCCUUGGUGCUUCAGGACCUCCCAGGGGCGAGCAUCAGUGCUGUGUCAUCCGAUUCGGACAACAAGCUGACCGUGUACGUUGAUGACAUGAACGGCGUCUCCGGUGGAGGGACUGGGAAAGUUGUGACUUCGACGUAUACGAGGCAGCCGAAUGGUACCGCUCUUGCCGCCGUAACUUUAGAUCGACUCGUGACCACGCAACUCACGCUCACCCCUCAGACAACGACGGGAGCUGCGAACUUCGGAGUGCUCUUGCGCGACCAGCCCCUGAAUCUGCUGCUUGCCAUCGACUUUUCUGCUUCAUGGGCGUCUUCGUUCGUGAAUCUGCUCCCUGCCAUCAUCGCUCAGCUCCAGACCGUCUAUCGAUCGGUUCCUGACGGCGUUCGACUGGGACUGCUGAACGGCACUAGCAAACCAGCCGCAGUGUUUUAUCCUGACCUCGUAGCCUUCUUCGACGGCGUCCAGGCGCUCGCGGGGUCUAAUAAAACUGUCGAUUGGAAUUGGAUAGCAAAUGGAUUGACAUUCAGUACGACGGCGUGGCCAGCAGCAGAUCGCCGGCAUUUGCUCGUUGUUGCAGGAGAUGCCAUGAUAGCAGGAGGCUCCGUCACUCUACCGGCAGCCUUGAUCACCCAGCUGCGUUCACAAAGCGUCUUCGCGUUUAUCCUCUCUCCGACGCAAGUAACACUCGCUACUGGAAGUGACGUGGUGAAGAGCGUGGCGUACGGCGCCAAGCCGGCAAUCCCGUCCGUACUCCGCCAGGCUUUCGAGCAGAAGGACAGCGUUCUGCCUGCGAACUUGAACAUUCUCUCAGACCCGGCAGGACUCGUCUCCUCUGUCCAAGUGACUGGUUUCUCCGGUGGUUCUAGCUCACUCCCAGUGAUCCUCGUCGCUCUCGGGUCCUUCCCAACUCCAGCACAAGUGAAAGCAGUGCCCUCCCUGACUGUCACGCUCUCUGUGCCCGGCGGGUCCUUGGUAUCGAUCCAGAUUAGCGAACCUGGACGCGCGUGCUUCCCGCCGACGCAGACACUCGCAGUCGACUCGCUCCCUUUAAGUGGUUGGGCUGAUGCGUGGCAUCUCUCUACCUUGAGCGACGUCGCACGACUCUGGAAGCCCCCUACUGCAUCGCCAACGCUGGCCAUGACGCUGCGUCAAACCCCGUCACUGCUACGAAAGUUAACGAACACAGUCUUGUCGGUGUCCGAUUCGGCAGCGACGAGUGUCAGCUUAUCCAGAACCUUCCCUGGUUCAUUCUUCGCGGCGGGGCUAUCCCUGGCCUCGCGAGGAUACUGGAGGUCAGCUUCCCACAGCAGCACGGCAGUCUGCAACAUCCAGUUGACCAUGGUCGGUGCCAACAAGAGCCUGACGUCGUCCAGCGUAGUUCCUUUUGCGUCUCAAGUUGUUCCAGGCGAGUGGAAUUAUGGGUACUUGCAGACCAUUAUUCCUUGGGAGCUGAGCAGUCUGACAGCAACGUUAGCAUGCAACACGACCUCCUCGAGCGUAUCUGUCGAGUGGGCAGCGCUCGGUCUGCUCCCCGAUCCCAACUUUGCGUGCAUGUGUCCUCGAGGAUUUUACCACGAUACUCUCUCCGAUGAAGGCGGCGACGGAACGUGCGUUCGCUGUGCCGCGGGUUCGUACUGCGCAGCAGGGAUCAGACGGCAGUGUCCUGACGGCACUUUCUCCUUCGGGAAAGCAGCCUCAUGCGAGACUUGUCGAGACGGAUGGAUCUGCACCGACGGGCUGGCAAGACUCUGCGACCCAGGAACGUAUUCAACGCCGUCUUUUACCUGCGGUGUUUGUCCGAGUGGCUACGCAUGCCGGAACGGCAAGAAGUCAAUUUGCCCAGCCGGUAUGUUUUCUCGCCCGCUUGCUAGUCAGUGUCAGAGCUGCCCGCCAGGAACAAUAUCUCGCUCGGAAGGAUCUUCCACCUGUGAUUUGUGUCCGCUGGGGUGGACGUCCAACUACCAGCGCAAUCACUGCAUUCCAUGCCCGCCGGGCGAAGAAACGCUGUACGCUGGACAACAUCCCUGCUCUUCGUGCGUUGCAACUGCGUUCCCUGUCCGCAACCAACCCGAGGUAUGCCUUGCAUGA